GAAGUGAUUUUGACCAUAAACUACACAAUCACCAGAUGAGAGAACACUCCCUCCUCCUCCUCCCCCUCUCUAAAAACUUCUCUCUCUACUUUCUCUCUCUUCUUCUGCACCUGCAACACCUCUAUAAUUAAUUAUUACGGAGUAUUAUUUGUUUAAAUUGUUGUAUUUUUGAAGUUAAAACGAACUACCAACAAACCCAUAUCUUCAAUCUCUGUUUCUUCAUCUCUACUUCAUCUUCAGACCAACAACGAAAGCAUAAGCCCAACCACCAUUGCUUGUAAGUCCCUCUAAUAAUCAUUGGAUUUGAAGUUAGAAAUGGUGGAUUCAAAGAGACCCACCAAAAACAGGGGAUUCUAUGUCAGGAUGAGACUUGUACAGAGCAAACAUGGAAGACAACCUGAAGAUCACAUCUUUUGUUACAGAUACUUCAAAUGGGUUCUCUGGUUUUCUCUCUCCUUCUAUUUCUUCACCUCUUAUCUCAUCACCCACACCCCCACUACCCACGAACCCACUGAUUCUCUCUCUAAAAUCACCCCCCUUUCUCUCUCUAAAAGCUUACCAUUAACCUCCCGUGUCCUCUUCGAAUCACCCAGCACCACAUUUCUACAACAACCCACAACCCAUCAAGGUUUGUUGAAGGAUUUGAAGGUGUAUGUAUACGAUUUGCCAUCCAAAUACAACAGUGAUUGGUUGUCAGACGAGAGGUGUAGCAAACAUUUGUUUGCUUCAGAGGUCGCAAUACAUAGAGCUCUGUUGAACAGUGAUGUACGGACGCUUGACCCAUUUGAUGCUGACUUCUUCUUCGUCCCUGUCUACGUGUCCUGCAACUUCAGCACCGUUAAUGGCUUCCCGGCGUUGGGUCACGCACGGCCUCUUUUAGCGUCUGCGGUUCAGGUUAUCUCCUCGGAGCUUCCCUUCUGGAAUCGGAGCCGGGGCUCCGACCACGUCUUCGUCGCCUCUCACGAUUACGGAGCUUGCUUUCACGCCAUGGAGGAUGUGGCGAUUGCGGAUGGUAUACCUGAGUUUUUGAGGAAAUCGAUAAUAUUGCAAACGUUUGGUGUCAAAUACGAGCAUCCCUGUCAAGACGUUGAUAAUGUGGUGAUCCCUCCUUAUAUCUCUCCGGCAAAUGUACGGUCAACACUCGCCAAAUUGCCGGUGAAUGGCCGGCGAGACAUUUUUGUGUUUUUCAGGGGCAAGAUGGAAGUUCACCCAAAGAACAUCAGCGGACGUUUUUACAGCAAGCGUGUACGGACGGAUAUAUGGGAGAGGUAUAGCCAUGACCGGAGGUUUUACUUGAAGAGGCACAGGUUUUCGGGUUACCAGUCGGAGAUAGGUCGUUCGGUGUUUUGUUUGUGCCCACUUGGGUGGGCCCCAUGGAGUCCAAGAUUAGUUGAGGCUGUCGCUUUGGGUUGCGUGCCGGUCAUAAUAGCCGAUGGUAUCCGGUUGCCCUUCCCCGCCGCCGUGCCGUGGCCGGAAAUAUCCCUAACGGUGGCGGAGAAAGAUGUCGGGGAGUUGGGAAUGAUUCUUGAACACGUAGCUGCCUCCAAUCUCUCCGAUAUCCAGAGGAAUCUGUGGGACCCGGCUACUAGGCGGGCCUUACUCUUCAAUGAUCAGACGGAGAAAGGUGAUGCUACGUGGCACAUUCUUGAUGCUCUGGCGCAGAAGCUUAACAGGUCCCACAGCCGUUAGAGGCUUUCUAGCGAAUGGGCGGUCGACACGUGACGGGUUCUUAUUGGAAAAGAAGAAUUGACAGCUAAUAAUGGACUUUUUUCCGAUGUGGUGGAUGCUAAUGAAUUGAGAUAGUGUUGGGAUACAGCUGGUUUCAUUGGGCUGCUCAGCUGGUCAGGGGAUAGAAUAUAUUCUAAUAGAUCCUGUGUUGCAUGAAGGGUGGGGAUUUUGUUCCUAUGUGGGGUUUGAGCUGAGAUGGCGUGGUGUUAUUGGUUGAAUUUUCGGUUUUGGCGGGACAUUGGUGGUUCUGUAUAUAUGUAAGAGUACAUGUGAAAAGGAAUAUUUUAUUGGUGAAAUUAAAUAAAUACGAUACGGUAGAGAGGUCCUCAUGCUUUGUCAUGCGGAUCAAAGAUGAUAUACAGUGUGAAUUUCCUUUUUUUAGUUUUUAGUUUAUUGAAAGAACUCAAUAGCUGGUGGAAAGCAAUAAAAAAAAAAAAAAAUGACUUGUGUGUUGCUUGAAAAGAUAACACUUUUGAGAAGCAAUGCCAUCAUUCUUCAAUUA